AGUCAUAAGGGAGGCGAGGGGCAAAAUCGCCCUCAAGGAUUUAGGGAUCGGCGAUCUGAGAGUCGGGAAGGCCAAGACGGGCGCCACCAUCCUGGAAAUUCCGGGCCCUGAGGGCGGUAAAAAAGCAGACGCGCUGGCCGAAGCCCUUAAAAAAGUGUUUGAGGGGAGGGAAGGAAUCAGGGUUGUGAGGCCCGCUAAAAAGAGGGAACUGCGGAUCCGCGACCUCGAUGAAUCGCUUGAUCCGAGCGAGGUCGCAGAAGCAGUGGCCGAGGUGGAGGGAUGCCCUCCCUCACUGAUCAGGGUGGGAUCAAUCUGGCCAUCCCCCUAUGGCAUAGGCGUGGCCUGGGUGCAGUGUUCCCUCUCAGCGGCAAUCAAGGUCGCGGAGGCGGGACGCAUCCAAAUCGACUGGGCAAAGGUAAAGGCCUCCUUCUUAAAGGAGAGGCCCUUACAAUGUUACCGAUGCCUGGAGAAGGGGCACGUGCGGGCGAAUUACUCGGGCCCUGUGGAUAGGAGCGGGAGCUGCUAUAGGUGCGGCUCGACCGUGCACCUGGCACGGGAUUGUGCGGCCCCGGCGAGCUGCCUUAUAUGCAGGGAGAAGAGGCUCUGCCACAUCCACAGAGUGGGGGGCCCAGCAUGCAGGGCUCCUAGGCCGAAGACGAAGGCGGGAGGAAGGAACGUCACUGCGGGCGCGGCUUUGGCCCCCGCGUCCGUCCCUGCAAGAAAGAGCAAGGAGGUGGGCACAUUGGGCGCGGCCUUGACCCCCGCACCCGCCUGA